CAACUGUCAUAUUUUGUAAUCGGUACAUUAACGGUCGCGCUGGUCGUGGUCGAAUGUAUUCUAAAAUUGUUGUUUUAAAUUACUGCACUCGAUACUUUUUAAGUACUAUGGCGAAAUCAAAUAUGGAAGCCGAUAAAGAGAAUGUGUACAGAACAAGGAUACCGUUACCGAAGGAGCCUUUACCUGCUCUGCCAAGACAUUUGUUGACAGAGAAUAAGAAACACCAAGAGAACCUUCAUCAAAGAUGUCCACUGAAACCUUUAAAUUCACAGUUUGUUCCUCGGGCUGGGCCAAGCAAAGCCAUUUUACAGAAACCGAAAAAGCCUUUGAAGAUAGAUGCGAGAUUCGUUACACUAAGACAAAAGAGUGAAAACUUGGAUUGGAAUUACAAGGUAUUUAGAGAUGAACAUGUCAAAAAUGACACUAGUGUUAUCUCUAUAAGUGAUGAUGAAAAGUAUUUAGAUGAGAGACAGAAUGAACGGUACUUUGUAGAACAUAGAAAGAAGAAUAAUUUAGGAGAAGCGUUGAGUGCAGUAACGCCGCAGGUAAAAGCGUGUUUGGAGCCAAACCCCAUUAGGAAUAUUAAGAGGAGUUUGAAAAGGCCCCACAGUCGAGAGCUCCAGGGCCUAUCACCAAAUGUUGCAGCAAAACACGAGAAACUCGAUGAUAGAGUAAAACGUCGUCUGCAGUUCAACGAACGUAUACAAGAUAGAUUGGCUUCACCUGAUGUUUGGAAGAGGUCGUAUAUGCGGUGUUUGAACCGUGACUAUACGACGGAUGUUUUCGAUUACCUGCUGGCUGUGGAGCGGAAGCCACUUGGUGAACUGAGGACGUCGAGGAUUACAAGAGCGUGUGUCGUCAAUUGGCUCAUGAAAGUUAAUGGUGCAGACGGGAAUCCAGCUAUUAUCCAAGCAGCCUGCUGGUACCUGGACUCUAUCCUUGGAACCGGCCACGUCCAGCUGGACAAGCUUCAACUUGUCGCUGCAGCUUGCUUCUGGAUAGCUCAGAAGCUUAAUGGCCCAGUCAUACCAGCGAUCAGACUUGUCAGAUACUCUAAUGGAGCGUUCACUACAGAGAAGUUACUAGCUGCUGAGAAAGCAGUACUUUUAAGAUUAAGUUUCCCCCAACAACCGGUGGUGGCCCAAGACUACAUAACAUACCUGUCGUGGUGGUGUGAUAACCGAGGAGGGGAGGUCGAGGUCGCUGCGACCUUCCUCUGCAUGUGCGGUCUGAUGGUGGACCCCAAGCUCUGUGAAGACUUCCCCUCCGUGAUCGCAGCGGCUGCCGUGAGGAAUGCCGUGCUGUUGCUUAGGAAAAGCGAUCUCUUGGCACGGCUGCAUAUGAGUCAUGUAUACAAAGCCGCCGAGAAGAAAGCUACGAGUUUCUCCAUUACCUGCUCCAUAUUACGGCGAGCAGUUCGCACGGUAGCCGCUCCUAUCUACGAGUACAAAGCUCCUUUCGAGCACUACGGAUCGCCGCCAUGUUUUAUCGCUCAAAAGAUCAUCAACGUGGUCAAUGAACUGUCAGCCAUGGAUACCAGAAACAUAGAUAGAAAAUAGACUUUAUUUUUAAGUGUUUUAAGUUAAGCUGCUUACCACAAAUUCGAUGCUGUAGAUAUAAUUCAUGUUACUCAAAUAUAAAUAAGACUAGAUAGAUUUGAAAGUAAAGAUCUCUUAGAAAAAAAUUAAAAUGACGACUGACAUUUGACUGUAAUUUAAAUUAAGGAAUGCAAUUCUAAGAUUUUUGACGUGAGUGAUAAUUAAAAGCAAAAUUUGCGUCUAAAAAGUCUGAUGACAAUAAUAAAAAAUACAAAACAAAUCUUGGAUCCGGAUUUCGUAACUGUACCGACUGAUUCUAUAUUGACAUUUAUUACAUUUAUUUAAAUAUUUACUUGACGAAUUUUAAGUUGACAUUUACUUGACUAAACAUUAGACUGCAUAAUUUUAUGAAAAAAAUAUUUUGGAAAUUGUGGUUAGGAACUUGCGGUAAAGGUUUUUCUAAGUUGCUUAUUACAAUACAAAGAAAAAUUCUGUUGUAAGCCUGUUUUCACACAGCGACACAAGAUUCCGAUACCCGGCGACUUAAUACUCCAAUGAGGCUUCUAUCAAGUUGUGUUGAAUAACAAACCUUUUUUGAGUCCUUAUAGCGGCAGUUGCUUGGAUAGGUACUAAUAUCGUCGGGUAUAGGAGUCUCGCUUUGCCUUGUGUAAAAUAAUUAGAUAUAAGUCUUUGAUGUAUGUUAAGUAAUAAUGUAAAUACCAUGAUGUCAUAAGAUCUCUGAAGAAAACAAAACGCCCUGCAUACUUCUAAAAUUAAAAAUGUUUUUGUAUUCAAAAUUCGAGUUUUUAUUCUUGGAGUGGUCGUUAGCAUUUUAUUUAUUUACAUAUUGUUGGAGUUCGAAUAAUACAGGCAUCAACCUUUCAAACCGGCCAUUAAAGAUGUAACUGUGUGUGGGUUUUGUAAAUUAAAGAUUACUGUUUA